UACCAUUAAAAUCAGACCCUUUUUGUCUCUCGAUUGCUGUCUCCCGACCAAACUCCGAUGUGUUCCGUUAUCAGCGACCUAAAGGCUGCCAUUCCAGCACCUGUCUUGCUAGGGAUCGGUGGAUAGUAUACGAUCAGAAAGCAGACAAGGACAUAGGAGGAGAGAGAGCUCUAGAGAGACAGCCAGGGAUAGGCACAGAGAGCUGUGAAGUAAUUGGAUUCAAUGGACGAAAUGCUGCUGUUGACAAGAAUUCUCUUGGUGGGCUUCAUCUGCGCUCUUUUAGUCUCCUCUGGGCUGACUUGUGGACCAGGCAGGGGCAUUGGAAAAAGGAGGCACCCCAAAAAGCUGACCCCGUUAGCCUAUAAGCAGUUUAUUCCCAAUGUGGCAGAGAAGACCCUAGGGGCCAGUGGAAGAUAUGAAGGGAAGAUCACAAGAAACUCCGAGAGAUUUAAAGAACUUACCCCAAAUUACAACCCUGACAUUAUUUUUAAGGAUGAAGAGAACACGGGAGCUGACAGACUGAUGACUCAGCGCUGCAAGGACAAGCUGAACGCCCUGGCGAUUUCGGUGAUGAACCAGUGGCCCGGAGUGAAGCUGCGGGUGACCGAGGGCUGGGACGAGGACGGCCACCACUCCGAGGAAUCGCUGCACUACGAGGGUCGCGCCGUGGACAUCACCACGUCGGAUCGGGACCGCAGCAACCACCGGGCCCGCCUCCCGGUGCUGUACAGCGGUGUUGUGAGAGCAUCUUCCAGCCUGGAGAGUGCUGCAAGUGUCAAGAAACACUUGGCUGCAAAAGAAAAUAAUGGGCUUUCUCUAAAUAUAUCGAUUUACUUCGAAACAGCAAUCAUGGCUCUAUGCUUGGAGCAUGUUGGGAAAUGUGUCCCUGCACCCUGUCCCAUUGGUCACCCCUUUAACCCCUUGUGUCUCUCUCCUUGUGCAGAAAACUCAGUGGCAGCCAAAUCAGGGGGCUGCUUCCCCGGCUCGGCCACAGUGCACUUGGAACAUGGCGGCACCAAGCUGGUGAAGGACCUGAGCCCUGGAGACCGCGUGCUGGCUGCUGACGCAGAUGGCCGGCUGCUCUACAGCGACUUCCUCACCUUCCUCGACCGGGAGGACGGCUCCCGAAAGCUCUUCUACGUCAUCGAGACGCGGCAGCCCCGAGCCCGGCUGCUGCUGACUGCGGCCCACCUGCUCUUUGUGGCCCCCCAGCACAACCAGUCGGAGGCCACAGGGCUCACCGGCGGCCAGGCGCUCUUCGCCAGCAAUGUGAAGCCUGGCCAACGCGUCUACGUGCUGGGCGAGGGCGGGCGGCAACUGCUGCCGGCGUCCGUCCACAGCGUCUCGUUGUGGGAGGAGGCGUCAGGAGCCUACGCCCCGCUCACCGCCCAAGGCACCAUCCUCAUCAACCGGGUGCUGGCCUCCUGCUACGCCGUCAUCGAGGAGCACAGUUGGGCCCAUUGGGCCUUCGCGCCAUUCCGCUUGGCUCAGGGGCUGCUGGCCGCCCUCUGCCCAGAUGGGGCCAUCCCUGCCGCCGCCACCACCACCACCGGCAUCCAUUGGUACUCACGGCUCCUCUACCGCAUCGGCAGCUGGGUGCUGGAUGGUGACGCGCUGCAUCCGCUGGGCAUGGUGGCAUCAGCCAGCUGAGAGUGGCUGGAGAGGGACAGAAAUGGAGUGUGGGAGAGAGAGAGAGAAA